AUGCUCCUCUUACACACGAGGACUUUCCAGCUUCGUGGCUUCGAGGGCCGCGACAUUCCGAAAUAUGCGAUCCUCUCACACACGUGGGGCGAUGAUGAAAUCUUGUUCCAAGAUCUCAGUGAGCCGCAGUCUCCCACCUGGCGGCAGAAACAGGCAUUCGGCAAGGUUGCUGGAAGCUGCCGCAAAGCUUCCGAUCAUGGUUAUGAUUGGAUUUGGAUUGACACUUGCUGCAUCGACAAGAGCAGCAGUGCUGAGCUCUCGGAAGCCAUCAACUCUAUGUUCAGAUACUACAAAGACUCGGCGGAAUGUUAUGUCUACAUGGCCGAUCUGGAACCUGGCAGAAAGCUGCAUUCCGGGAAUCGCUGGUUUACUCGGGGCUGGACGCUGCAGGAACUCAUAGCGCCUUCGGAUGUUAGAUUCUACAACUCCAGCUGGGGCUAUAUUGGUAAUAAGCUCUGUCUUUCGGAAGACCUGGCGUUCAUCACUGUGCCCAUACAAGAUGUCCUUGCCUCGACAAGUACCGCAAGAAUCAUGUCGUGGGCUUCUAAGCGAGAAACUAAGAAGGAGGAGGACAUUGCGUACAGCCUUAUAGGAUUGUUCGAUGUGAAUAUACCAUUACUUUACGGCGAAGGAUCCAAGGCCUUUAUUCGCUUACAGCAUGAAAUCGUCCGGAAAAGAAAGGACCAAUCUAUACUCGCAUGGCGAAACCCACUCGUCCAGUUGCCGCCGUAUCGGGACUUUUGGAAUAACUCUAGGGAAAUAUCACCUCUGGCGCCUUCUCCCGGCAUGGAAACCGCAGCCCCAAGUACGACAUCGACUGGCGCAACUGUAAGGAGUCCAAUUAUGUCCUGUUUCGUGAGAAUAUUGCGUCGCCGCUGGAGAUAG